AUGGGCGAUGAGGAAGCAGCCGAUGUGCCGAGUCUCGAGUCCAUACUGAGGCAGAUCGAUCAGCUUGAACUGGCGGAUGCCAAGGCAGCUGGAAAAGGCAGAGGCCCUGCCGUGGUGGUGGAAGCCAAUCCAGCUUUGCACAGGCAGCCUGGGUCGUUGCAUCCUCGAGGGCUGCCACGUGUCUACCCCAGCAAAGGCGACAAGAAGAACGCAGGUGCCUUCGCCGGCCUUUUCCGAGACGAGGAGGCGCAUGGCGAGUCCGAGAUCGGCCGUGGUGAGGUCGAGCUGAAGCCUCGCCCAGCGGCUGAUGCCGCUUGGAAGGCCGACUCGGUGCAUGCCUGGGCACCGCGCAAGCCCCUCGCAGCCUCCCGGGACUUCAAAAAGGAGAUCCCUGGCAUGAAAGAGGCUGAGCCAGCGAAGGCACCGAAGCGGCGGCCGCUCCUGUCUGCCCCGCUGAAGGCUGGGAGCCAGGUCGAGCUGCGAGGCCUCGAUGGCUUCUUGGCAGACAUGAAUGGCCAGAGGUGUACCCUGGAGGGCUUCGACGAAGAGACAAGCACCUACUUCGUGCGCCUGCCAUCCAAGCACCUGGAGUCUGUGGCGCCCGAGAAUGUGCAUCCUCGCAAAGGAGAUACAUUUCUGCAUCUUCUUUGCCAGUGCAGGCCCUUUACAAAAGAGACUGCUGGCCUGUUCAAGCGGGUGGCUGAAGCAGUCCCGGCAGCUCUCUUCAGCAAGGUUGGGCCUGCCAAGAGAGUGUUGGGGCUCUGA